GUCAAGGGCUUGAGGAAAGCAUUGAAAUCUAGUUUGCUAGUAGCAUCUCAUCACAGACUGGGUAAGUUCCUGUAACAUUGUCUUUGUUAUCAACAUUCUAGUGAGUUUUGUUCCAAAAUGUGUGAUGUUCUUGCAUAGUAAUGGAUAGUACUCUUUUGUAAACAUUUUUGUUAGAUUAUAUAUUUUCGUUGGGGGUCGAAGGUGAUAAAUUAUGACAUGAUCAAGUGUUAAAGUGUAUUUAGUAAAUACAUAUUUUCCCACAUAUAUUAGGUUAUUUGGGGACUAAACACAUUACAUUUUCCUUCUUCUGACAGGUAAAAUGGAGUUGCCAUCAUUCACAAUAUUUCCAACUGAUGAAACUGUAAGUAUUAUCUCAAUCUAAUUGCUUGUACUUACAACUAUAAAGCCAUGCUAUAAAAUAAGUUAGGGAGCAGCAGCAAACAUCAGCAGAGAAUGGAUUCGAUCCAAAUAUGUUAAUUGUAGCCAAGAGUAUCUAGUGCAGAUGUCUCCAAUAGCACACCUAUGAGUAGCUCGCCAAACAAUUCUGAAGGUACAUGCAAUUUUUACGUGUUCCACCUCAAACUGUCAUUAACAAAUCUCACAUGUAUCAGACACCACAAGAGCCCAGUUACGCUACUAUCUAAUCAACGCAACUUUGACAUUAUCCCACCCCUGCCAAUUAAUUUCCAGCAAUAUUGCUCGUCUGUAUGGUGCACGCGUUUGUCUAUCACUCCGUGUGUAGCCAGUUGAUGUGAUUAAUGUUUUGUGGGUUAACAGAAAUAAUUUCCCCAAAACCUUCACAAUUAAAAUGUUAACUGCAAAGUAGGCUUACCUGGCAGAAGUAUAUCAUGAGUAAGUAUAUCAUGUGUAUGGAUUAUUUGUUAUUUGCUAACUUUGCAAUGAACUGAGCAGCAGCAGUACAGAACCAUAGCUAGACUGGCACAUUCCUCACUGGCUAGAUGCACAAUUAAAGGGGAAUUAAACUCAACAAUCUAAAUGUGUUCGUUUUCUUCCAGACCCCCCAAAAAAUGUAUUCUGAUGUGAUUUAACCAUUGACAUGGACUCACAACAUCCAGUUGUGUUGUUUCUAUAUGAGCAAUUGUAAUUUUGAGUGAAAAACUUAAAGAAAAUCGAAACCAGGAAAAAUAAAAAUGAGAAAACAUAAAACAGAAUUUGAGAAAAAGAUCUCAGCUUUUAUAGGGCCCCCUUAGAGUUGUUUAUUAACUAUUACUUUACCAGGUAUAUUGGCAGAAAACAGUGCACUACUUUCUCUUCUACACUAAGGACCUGGGGAAGAGUUUCAGGGGAGAUGAGAAGAGAAAAAUCUGCCUAUUUGAAGGCUAGAAAAAAUGAGUCGCUCGUGACCUGUUUCAUUAAAAAAAAAGUAGCUCUCAUGCUAGAAAAGGCUGGAGACUCCUGAUCUAGUGUUUUGUCUUUUGAACUCCCAUACAAAGACCACAUAAAAGUUUCACAUCAACAUUAAUGUGGUUGGAGAGAAAAACAUUGUAUUUUCAACUCACCACUUUUAGUACCCAAAGUACCCAAGAUUCAGAUCAGGUUUUGGAUUAGACCAGUUUUCUGGAAGGGUUGUUUAUGAUGUUUGUAACAAUGUUUUUGUAGUCUGUGUUCGUGCAAGUAUGUGGUCAGUCUGUGUAUGUAUGGUAUUACAUCUACACAGAGAUGAUUUUAGUCAUUUUCAUGAUUUAAAUUCAAUACCAUUAAUGGCCUGCUUGAAUGUUCAGAUUCAGUGCUUGUAGCAAAUGUUUCUAACAGACACACAAACUUUGCCCCAGUAAAACCUGAAACAUCAGCAUCAAAAUGUCUAUGGUGCGCACAAAAGAACUGUCACCUUUCCCCCUAUAUUUAUCUCUGUCCUAGAUCUGUGUGUGUGGUGUCGUUGACGUGCAUGGUGAACCUGAGCCCCUCUCUGUAGCCCCCUGGAGCGUUAGCCCCUCCAUCUCACACAGAAGGAAGUGGUACAGCGGUGCGGUUUUUCCUGUAGAGAAACAGUGAGACACAACACCUGCUUCUGAGAGCAACCACAGUAGUAUUGGCUUUAGGUAGAACGUCACUACCCCCAGGUCUUGAUAUCACUGUGCUGUUAUGAAACACUGUUAUGGAACACUGUAGUGUAGGCAGACAGUUUGGGGGAACAGACAGAUAGUCAACCACUGUAGACAGGAAGUCAUGAAAAACCGUGUCUUAAACCGUUAUCAAAUACGCAGUGACAAAAUAAAUGAUUAAGGACACCUGUUGCACAAAUUCGAAUGUAAAAUUCUCUGAUUUUUAAAGAAUGCUUGUUUGUAUUACAGGGAUCUGGAGAUUACACAGAGGACUAUGAGGGUGGCUUCACUGAGACCCCAGGGGGAAUGUGUGACAAGUCCUGGGUGAGGGAGUUCCGGGGUCUCUACGAACCCCCUCUGUUCUGGCUCAUCUUCGCCUUGGGCGCCAUGGGCAACCUGAUGGUGGUCUUCAUCUUUACCACGGUACGCCACCGCCUCAAGACCAUGACCGACGUGUACCUACUCAACCUGGCUGUGGCUGAUCUCCUCUUCUUGGGUACUCUGCCCUUCUGGGCCGCUGAUGCCACCAAGGGCUGGGUGUUCGGCACGGGCCUCUGUAAGAUCCUCUCGGCCGUCUACAAAAUCAACUUCUUCAGCAGCAUGCUGUUACUCACCUGUAUCAGUGUGGACCGCUAUGUGGCAAUUGUCCAGGUCACCAAAGCUCACAACCUGAAGAACAAGAGGCUGUUUGUCAGUAAGCUGGCCUGCCUGGCUGUCUGGAUCAUUUCAGGCCUCCUGGCUCUGCCUGAGUUCAUCUUCGCCCAGAUUAAGCCUGACCACAGGGGGAGUUCCUUCUGUGUCCUGGUCUACCCCAACAACAUCUUCAACCGCACCAAGAUCCUGGUGCUGGCUCUGCAGGUCUGUGUGGGCUUCUGCCUGCCCCUGCUGGUCAUGGUGCUGUGCUACUCGGUCAUCAUCCGCACCCUGCUGCAGGCCAAGAGCUUCGAGAAGCACAAGGCACUGAGAGUCAUCUUCGCCGUGGUGGCUGUGUUUGUCCUCUCCCAGCUGCCAUACAACGGGCUACUCGUGGUUGAUGCCAUGCAGGCCGCCAACACCACCAUCACAGACUGUGCCAUAUCGGGCAAUUUCGAUGUCGCUGGGCAGAUUGCGAAGAGCCUUGCGUACACCCAUGCUUGCAUUAACCCCUUCCUGUAUGUGUUCAUUGGAGUUCGCUUCCGGAAGGAUCUGCUGAGGCUGCUGAGGCAGUAUACCUGUGGCCUGAACCAGAGAGGCCUCAGUAAGAUGCAGGCAGUCCCCAAACGCCCCUCCGUCAUGUCUGACACCGAGACCACCCCUGCCCUCUCCUUGUAACACAGCCUCCCUGAGACCACUCCCCCCAUCUGGGAGUUACCACACACACCCACAUAUUCAACAUCACCUCAGAUCAUACCGUUGGGUUGAAUCCUAGCUAAAGAUCUGUGUGCGCAAUUCAAAUUUCUCAUUGACAUCCAUACAUUUAAACAUGAAAGGUUAAUACCAGGGGUCUCAAAGUUAGGAUUCAGCCCCCUGUGAAUGCCUCCGACCUCAUCAUUCCUUCCAUAUGAUAUCAUAGGCUGCUAUGGACCGCAAGUUUCCAGGGCGACAAACCCAGCUGCAUCCUGAUUACAUUGGUAUUUUGCCAGUGUAUACAUUCAUUGUUGUUUACAUACAUUACCAGUCAAAGGUUUGGACACAC